AGGCUGGCCGCUCCGAGCUAACAGUGGUUCCCCCUCUCCUCGGCCGCAUGCCCUCCCACUCCACGGCUGUGGUCUCCGGCAGUCGGUGCGUGGGAAAGGCCAGGGUUGCCCGUUCCAAAUUGAACAGUUUUCCCACCCUCACCUCCCCUGCUGGGGGCAGUUUUAUCCAACGGGAGAUAAACAUUGGAGCCUGACAUUCUGUGCUGUUGACCCUCGGCCUGGAGAUGACCACUCUCUUGCUUCAGGAGGGUGUGAAGACAGAGAACGACCACAUCAACUUGAAGGUGGCGGGGCAGGAUGGCUCAGUGGUGCAGUUCAAGAUCAAGAGGCACACCCCACUGAGCAAGCUGAUGAAGGCCUACUGUGAGAGGCAGGGCUUGUCAAUGAGGCAGAUUCGAUUCCGGUUUGAUGGACAACCGAUCAAUGAAACAGACACUCCAGCCCAGCUGGAGAUGGAGGAUGAGGACACCAUCGACGUAUUCCAGCAGCAGACAGGAGGAAUAGCCUCCCGAGGGAGCGUCCCCAUACCCAACCAUUGUCCUGACAUGUGCUAUUGAGCGGUGACCAUCCAGCCACAUCAAUCACACAAGAGUCAGCAGAAGCCAGAGUCACCGAACGAUUCUCCUUUUCCGACGCGCUUGGAGUGAACUACGUACAGACCGCACUGCAGGGCGAGAGCAUUACAUAACGUGGCCGUUGGGAGGGUUUGCUUUGGGGGAAUGAGGCGUGAGGUUUUGGGGUUUGUUUUUGUUUUCAUUUCUGUUUUCCUCCCAUCCCUAAAAUUUUUUCCCCCAAACAUGGGUCUGGAUGUAGACUCUCACCCUAUGGCCUGAGUCUAAUUCCCUAGAACUGUGGUUUCCUCUGGUGUGACUUGUCCUGAUCAGGUAGAGAGAGCUUGUGGUCACAUUACCCAAUGGGCAUGCCUGUGGGAUGUGGGGAGGGGGCAGAGAGGCAGAAUUCCACCUGUUUGUUACAGGCAUAGAAUAUUUGAAAUACUGUAAGUUUGAGCUUUGUCAAGCAUAUGGUAAAGUUAAAGGAAAAAGACCAAUGCUUCUUAAGAAACAUGAGGAGUCUUCCUCCUGUGGCCCAGGCGCUCCUGCACAUGCCCACUUCCUUCUCAGUAUCUGGUAGUGGGUACAUGGAUAAGGGUGGUACAAUGAAACCCACUCUCUUCCCUUUUUAUAAUGUAGAAGAAAGAAAUUGUCAUGUCUCAUUUGGAAAUUGAAUGUGGCCUCAGAUUUCUCCUAGUACUUGCUUUCGAUAUGUAAUUAUGGUUUCUGUAUAAGAAGGUAAUUGGUUAAGUAUCACGUUUUCAGCGAUGUUGUGUAAGAGACCUGCUUUCAAGUGUGGUUGCAAAAGCAAGCCCGGGAAAGGUGACCUCAUUCUCACGGAUUGUGCUGUGCAGCUUUCCAAGUGUGUAUUAAAGUGACACAUCAGUGGGAGACUUCAGUUCUGCAUUGUGGGGUCAGUUAAGUGUCCAUAGUUCCUGCCGUCAUCCUUCUGUAAGGAUCCAUUGCUGCUUGAUGGCCAUCUCUGCCUUUUAUAGUCACCCGACACUGACCUACCAUCUCUUGCUUGCUUAAAGUCCUGAGGAAAACGGUCCUGUUCCUGUUUGCUGCGUGGGCCUGGGUGGGAUGUCUGUCGGCUCUGUUGUGUUUAUUCACCGGUUUGUACAUUAUCUGUUGUCCUUUACUGCUACUGUAAACAGUAAAUAUAGUUUGGUAUUCUGUCUCUUG